AUUCGGCCGUCGCUUCACAUCGUACUGUGUAGUCCCUCCGCCGAUCCAGUGACGUAAGUAAAAUCGCAUCAGUAACAAUAUUUCUUUUGUAUAUUUCCCGAUGUUGAAAAUAUUAUUAUUUUAAAUAGCAUAAUAUUAUAGAAUAAGUAUAGGUAUUUUAUAACGUGUUUUGGUUUUUUUUUUUCACAGACAAAUAUCCUUAUAAUUAUUGUAAUACAUAAUACGCUUGCCAUAUUGCAAUUUUUUUUUUUACAAAAGUUAAUUUACGAUAAAAAAUAAAAUAUUGAAAUUCGGAUAUGGUAACGGUUAUAGCGAAAAGGUUAUUGGGUGUUUUUUUUCUGAUAAUGACAGGAAUAAUAAUAAUAAUAUGACGGUGUAAUUUUGAAAAUAAAUGCCGUUUUGGGAUAUAUUUUUUUAUUGACAAAGAAAAUAAUUUACGUUUUUAUUGUUUUUUUUUUUUUUUUUAGUUACCUACAAUAUAUAUUCGAACAAAAAUAAUUAAAUAUGUUAUUUAAUUUUCAAAAUGUAUCGUCAUUUUUUAUCAUUAAAGAAUAUUUUCGGUCCUAAGGAAGAAUAAUGGCUUCAGUCAAUUUAUGGCGUUUUUUUAAUAAUUUUGUUUAAUGCAAUUUUUUUUUCGGUCUAAAUUACAUAAUUGUAUUGUAAUUUAUAAUAUAAAAUGCAAAUUAUUACAACGUUUCAUAUUUAUAAACACAUCAUGAUGACAUUUUCGUCUGUGUACAACAAGUGUAUGUAUUUUCAAUAUUUAAUUUGUUCGUACAUUGAAAACCUAUACAAUUAAGGUUAACUAAAACUAGGAAACUAAUUUUAAAAUCGACUUGAGCCCUCUUUCCCAGGGACGAAAUAGUAUAAUAUGUAUAAGUGGACGUAUUUGGUAUACUCAAAAUUACUAAAAAAUUACAUUUCACCGGUAAUCGUGAUCGGCACUGUAAACUCAGUUUUAACUGUACCUAUAUAGUUUUAAACAGUGUCUGUAUAGAUACGUGGAUACGAACUGUAUAUUAUUAUCAUAUAGUGUGUAGUUUAAUAGACACUGUAAAUAGAGGAGGAUUAUAUUAUUAUUAUUACGGUAUUUAGUAGUUAGACAUCUCAUAUACACAUGGGUAUAUUAUAGAUUUAUAGGUUUGCACGUUAUCCGCAGUAAAAUUAUGAUGGUAAGUGAUGUCGAGUGUUUAUCACAAUAAUAUCCAUUAGUAUCAUUAGACGAAUCCAACGGAAUCGUCCAACUAUUAUACGGUCAAUAAUAAUAUUAUACAUGUUUCGAUUAAUUGUUAUAUUUCCCCGUUAAAAAAAAUUAAGUACUGAUGCCAUUUUCUUUUUAUCUCCAUGUUUGUAUUGGUUUAAAUUGUUUAAUAUUUUAUAGUAUAUUAUAAUAUUGUAAAACGAAAAUAACGCUAUGAAAAAAAUGAAAAAAGUACUAUUACGUUCCAAUUAUUAUAUUUUUUGAAUUCCAGUAAAACAAUACGCCAUAGCUUAAACAAAAAAAAAAAUUAUAAUAAUAAGUAUAACAAUGUUAUUGUUAUUGUUGCGCACGAGUGUUUAAAAGUAUUUAUUAUUUUUUUAAAAGUAUUUAAUUUUUAUAUUUAUUAUUUUUAUGCGUGGAAAAGUGUUGUACCGAUAUUUUGGCUUUUUAUCGAUUUACAAUUGUUCUGUAAACAUUCACCAAUAUUAAACUUAAUUAUUACAUAUUUAUUAAACUUGAAAUACCCAUUAUGAUAACAAAAUAUUAUCAGUUUAUACAAAAAACUAAAAUAGGUACAAUGGUAUUAUAAGUAUGCACGUAUGUAUUAUUCGAUUAUUUUUCGAUUUUCUCAAGAGUUUUCUCAUCAAAUACGAAAAAUUGAGUUAUUAAGUUUUUCGAGUUAUCACGACUCAACUGUAUUAAGAGGUGUUGGUUUUUCAAAUUGUGUCCAAUUUUGUAAAAUUCUCACAUUUUUUUUUGUUUUACAUUUUAAUGUCGGAACUUUUUCAGUAAUCUGUGGCGCCAUAACUAUUUAAGGGGAAGGUGUUCGGCCGAGAAGGGGUAUUUUUUGUCUAAAUGUAUCAAUUAUUUUCCAAUUGUACACAGUAUUCUAGUUAUAGAGACGAAUAUUGAAAAUAUAUUUGAAUUCGUUAUGGAUUUUACUAACUAAAAUCGACUUUCUAACGUUUUUAAAUGUAUUUAUUUGAUUCUAAAUUGUGCGCAAUGUAGUAGUUUAUUUUUCGUAUACACAUUUUACGAUCAAAUUUUGACAAAAAUCGUAAAAAUUACGGAAUUUCAAAAUAUGUAUAACCGAACUUCGCUUAGAAUAGUUUUUCAUUAGCAAUAGCUGAUCAUUGCUUGUAGAUAUAAAUUAAAUACAUUUAUGUAUCCUACCUUUCCAAAUUUCCACCUAUACAACAGUGACGCAGUCAUCAGUAGUAUCAGGUCUAUUUUAUUGUUCAAAAGUAUGUACAUUUUAAAAUUCUAAACAAAACAAUUUAAAAAGGUUUAUGGAAUCAAUUUCAAAAAGGGGAAACAUUUUUUUCCAGUAAACUUCAUUGUGAAUUUGGGCAUUAUUUCAGCAUUUUACCUAAGUACUAGGACAGCCAGUACAAUUUAUAUAACAUGGGUCUAUUUUGAUAGAGAACAGUUGGUAUCGAAUCCCUUUAAUAUUACGGAUUACGCGUAUAUAUGUUGAACAACGAUAAUUUUUAAUGGAAAAAUAUAAGUGUCGAUUAAUGGAUUCGUUAGCGGAACACGACAGUAUAGCAUUCAAUUUAAACAAGCGUUAAUAAUUUAAUUCGAUUUAUACCGCUAUUUUAAUACCAUUUAAGAGUGGUGUAUAAUAUUGAAAAAAAAAAUGUACACAAAAGCGGAAAGUGUCAUACUAUUAUGUGUUCUACAUUUCAUUUUUAGGUGUGUUGUAAAUGCGGAUUUCCAUGUUGUCAAUAAAUAUAAUAUAUAGAUUAAUGUGUGGAUGGCGGCGGCGAUGGGAUUGGUCGGGGAUUGUUGAAGUGUUAGGGUGUAAAACAGAUUACCGAUGGGCACACGCGUGCAAUAUAUUAUAGACUUGUUACGAAAGGGCUUAUUAAAAGGCCAAAGCUCUUAUCCAGUGGACCAAAGCCAUUUCAAUCAUUUUAGUUCUAUGUAUACAUAUGUGUAUGUAUAUAUAAAUGAUAAAAACUAAAUUAUGUUAUACGGACUGAUAAUUUUAUUCCGAUUUAACGUAUUAUGUUAUCACAUAUCGUAUGCCGCAAGAGCAAUCAUAAUGGCAUAAUUGUUAUGAAAUUAUUUUUCCGUCGAUCACUUCUCGACAAAAGUUACAAUAAUAAUACCCAGUACCUGAUAAUUGUUCUGCUUUUUCGAAGUAUGUGAUGUUUAAAUUAACACGUUUAAGAACAAUAUUUGCAGUUUUUUUUAGAACUCGAGUGAUGCGAGAGUGUAUUAGAUUUACUAUGACGUGUGUGUUUUUUCCUUUCUUGUUAACAACUUGCUUCAAACAAGAAACAACAAGAUAAAUUUUUAAUACACGGUUUGAUUUAGUUGAUGUAUUAUAGAGAUAAAUAUUUUUUUGAUUUACCAAACAGUUUUCAUAAUAAUCGGGAAAAACCGGAGAAAAACGUUUAGAACAAAACGGAUAAACUUACGGCGAUUGAAAUUUACGGCAUUUCAACCGAACUUCGUUCAGAAUCUUAUUUCGUCAACAAUGAUUUAUCGUUGCGUACAGAUAUUAAUUAAAUAACUUUAUGUAUUGUACUUUCCUGAUUUCCAUCUAAAACCGUGGUACACGUAUCAACAGUGUACGCAUUUUUCUUUUUUUUAGAUUCUGAACGGAACGAGUUGGUUUCAUUAUAAUGUGUUUUUUUAAUUUUAUUUAUCUGUCUGCAAGUAACUUUUCUGUAGAUUUUGUCUAGUUACUGUUUAUGAAAAUAGUUUUUUUAAUAUUCAUGUAGUUUUAUUUAUAAUCGGGAAAGAGCGUAGGAAAAAUAGAAAUAUUUACGGAAAUAACAAAUCCAUUAUUUCAAUUUUAUUUUUUUUGUUUUGUAAUUCAAUUAAUAAUAAACGUUGAAAUCUGAUAUAUGCUUAUAUUGGUAUUUUUUAGAUGUGGUACAAAUUUUAAAAAACUCUGUUAACGAAAUGCCGUUAGAAUUGCCUAUACGCAACCUCUUCAAAAUACUGAACCGUCUCGAAUUGAAUUGAUAUUCUAUGUUUGACUUGCAUUCCUGUUGAUCACAACAAAGUCAGAUUCGAUAAAAAUAUACAAAUAAAUAUUUUUUAUAUUAUAUAAGUUAUAAGAUUCUUGUAAAUACAUUUUGCAAUCAGUUUUUCACCGAUCAAUAAAGUAAAAUGUUAAAAUGUUCGAAAUACACAAUUUUGGCUGGAAAUUUAGAUAUGUGAAUAAUUGUUUUACUUGUUGACGGUGAAACCGACAGCAGUUUAUAUUAAAUGAAAUGUUCGCAAACUAUAGUAUUAUUAUUUCAAGCGUAAUAAUUGUUUAUAGGUAGGUACCUGCUGAAAAUUGCGGACGACCUCUGAUUAUAAUAAUCCUUUUAGUUUUGGGGGGUAUAAAGGUACCAAUAAUCAAAAAGAAAUUUUAACCGGAAACUGGACAACCCUCUUAUUAAUAUUAGUGAAUCAUGUUAGGCACCUAGCUUAUGACUUGAAUCAUUUAUUACCGAAUUCCAAGCCCCACAAAGAUAAAUUAUUUACGAAGGUUUAGGAAUCUUAUUUGCGGAGAGGAACUAUAGAAAUAUUGUAUUAUUAUAAUCGGUUUUGUGAGACAUACCUAUACAUUCUACACAUUCCUAUACAUAUAACAUUCUACUUUUAACCGUUUAGGAUAAUAUUUGAUUUUUCGUAAUAAACGAUUUCAUAAAGUUUACGUAUAUAGCGUAAUAAUAUAGAAGCAGGUGUAAUGUCUAGAAACGUAAAUGUUUUAAACAAAAACCCCUCUCCCUUUCCAAAAAGUUUAUAUAAUAUAAUGUACGGAUACAUUUUUUUUAUCUAAAUUUCAAAUUAUAACAAUAUUUGGCUACGUGAAAAUAGAAAGUUUUCAAUUUUGAUAAACUGUUUAAACAGAUGCAGAAAUGCAGUAAACAUAGUGUAACAAUAAAUAAAAUAUGUACCGAAUAAAACAGGAUAAUACGCAGUGUUAGUUUGCGAUCAAAAAUCAGACACUUAUGUAUAAACUAUUAAGUUAUCAAGUUAUUAUUAACGGGAACAAACAUUAAACACCGGUGGGCGAGAUCCCAUUUUUGUCUACUUACACAUUAUUAUUAAGAGUAUUAUGAAUGUACAUAUUAAACAAUAUACAGUGGUGUGUGUGUGCAUUGAGAAAUAUAAAAAAUAUACUGAAUUAUUGAGAACAAGGUAUAAUAAUAGUUAAUAUAUUAUAAAAGUUAUUAAGAGGAGCAUUUAGUUUCAAACUGGAGUUCAAACAUAAAUAACACAACUUAAACAUGAGAAUAUUUUCAAGAUCUGUAUGCAGCUUUUUGCUAAAAACCUUUGCCAUAAAAAAAAGUUACAGCUAUAAAACACCAAAAAAAAAAACAAAAGAAAAUUAAUAUACUUUUUGAAUAACAAUUAUUUAGAUAAAAGCUAAUCGAAAAUAUUCCCCCGGACUGUAGCUGCGGGUAUGACGUUCUCUUAACUAUUUUAUAUCCUGUGAAGCGGUUUUUUUCCUGCCUGUAAAUGAGAUUUUGACCAGAAUAAGACUUGCUUCAUCUUGAUCCGCACUUGAUCGGGUAACACAUUUUUAGGGAGGAAAUCCGAAAAAAAUAAACAAACUCCGGUUUUUGUUUUACCUAUAUUAUUUUUUAUUUCGGGUUUAUUUGUGUUUGUCUGACAAAAAUUUACUAUUCCAUUAUUCCAAAAUACUGAAAAUUAUUACUACACAGUAUAGUGAAAUAUUAUAAAUAAAUACAUUUUGGUUUGUAAUUUAAUUUCAAGGAUAAUUAUUAGGAAUAUGUAAUGAAUAUACUAUUUCUUUGAUGGUGAUGAUAUUUUAUUUUGUUUAGAACGUAUAGAGAAUAAUCUAUUUAACAUAUUUAUGAGAAAUGUAUAGGGUUAAUAUGAUUAACUGUGUAUGCGUGGUAUUUCAUAACAUAUAAGAGUGUCGAAUAAAUUGGCCUUAAUCAACCUAAAAACAUAAAGGCGGUCUGGUAGGUGUGUUAUUAACCAAAUAUUAUUAAAUAUCAAAAAAUGAAAAUUUGAGAUUUCAAAUAAAAUCUGUGAAACGGAUCGCACAACGUCCGCUCGACGAAACAAAAUUUGUAUUUUGCGUUCCACGCUGAUUUAUGCUUGCAAUAGACGCUCGCACAAUAUUGGUUAAUUAGAUAACUGGUUUUAUUAUUAUACGACACUAUUUUUAGUCGAUCGCAUAGCACGGGAGGAGGAGAUUAUAAUUUUAUAGCCUACUUACGGGCAAUUGAACAGUCCCUAAAAAAAUUAAAAAAAUGUUUAAUACCCUUUUAAUAAAUUGUUAUAAAAUAGCGGUAAAACCACUUUUUCAAUAAUAAAUAGGCGUAUAUUCAGAUAGGUGUGUGUCUUGAAUUGUCUUUAUUUAAAUCCACGAAGUAAUUUAUAAUUAGAGUUAUCGUGAAAAACAGUAUUAGAAAUUUUUUUUUUUUUUAUAGCUGAUAUUAUUAUUUCGAUUAGUAUCUAUAUUAGUUACAGAGAUAUUUUUCGUAUCGCAGUUUUUGAAUUUGAAUAAUAAUAAAAAAAGAAAAACAACAACCAUUGUAUAUAAAAUUAAAACGCUAAAAGGAAAUAAUAUCACAUAAUGAAACAAAAAAUUGUAGAGAUGUAGAGACAUCGGUAGGGGUUUUUUAUUUUCGCGAUUGGAAAACCAUUAUGAGAUAAAUUUAUAUUUAGGAUUUUUAAAAUGUAAUACUUAAUCGUUUUGUCUUAUAUGUAUUUUUUCGACGUUGUUAAACAUAAUUUGAGUUAGAAUGUUUAUGCACUUAAAGUCCACAAGGAGAGCUUAAAAACGUUGAAAAAGUGCCCUAAAAGAUAAAUUACAAAAUAUUUAAAAGAGCAAUGGUAGAGUGGUUUAAAAGUACCCCCUCUCUAAUGAUUCUAACUUAUUAAAAAUAAUUGCUAAACUACAAAAAUGUCUAUUAUAAAGAAAUUUUGUUCAAAUAAAUGUGUUAUUAAAAAAAAAAAAUAUUUUUGUUCAUCAUUUGUCAGUGUUAGAAAAUUGUAUUUAAUAGGAUUCAAACCGUUAAAGAAAGAACUAUAAGAUGCCUCUACUUUCGUUUUUUAAAUAUUUUUGACGAUUUGUACGCUUUUUGCGGAUUUUAAGUGCAUAAAUGUAUUAUAUUAUUUCGAUGCCUAUUUAUUCGAGAGUCCGGGCACAUUAAAUAUUUUAUUGAUAAAUUUACCAACGAAACUUGAAUAUUUCUUAUAGGUACUCGUGUAUAGUGUUAUAAACACAAUUAUUGUUCUGUUCACAGCAGAGAUAACCAAAUACUGAAUUGUAGUAAUUGAUUAUAUUGUAUUUAUCCUAACUGAUUCCGCCGGGAAGUGCUCACCAGGGGAUUAUGAGUCAAUGGCGUACCGAUAGGGUGGCAUGACGGACAAUGAGUCAUGGGCCCAUAUUAUUUUGGAGCCCCAAAUCUGGGUCCAAGGUAUUUAGUCUGUGGAUUCCAACUCAAAUUGGGAAUUUGGUCAAUUUAGAAUAUUUUACCAUUGGCAUUAGAAGUUCUAAUUACGCCAUUUGACUGUUAUGAAUGUGUCAUUAUCCACAAUCGCUUUUUUUUCUAUUAACAUUUACACUUUAUGCAUUUUUUGUAAUUAUUGUCUUUUUUUUUUUUAUCAAAUUUGGUAAUAAUAUUCAAUACAAAACUAUCGUAUAAACCAUUCACUUAUUUAAUAUCACCGAAUAUCUUAUAAGAUAUAACUAUUAAAUACGAUGUAGUGGAUAAAUAUUAAUACAUAUAAAGAUGUGUCAAUAUUUCUCAAGAAGAGGGGUCUAAUGAAAUAUCAAAAAAAAAAAAAGAAAGAAAAAAAAAAACCUUAAAGAAUUAUCCGCUGGGGUUGAAAUCAAUUUAUAUUACAAUCCAUACAUUACAUUCAGCAAUCAUAUAGAUUGAUUAGAUUAAAUUGGAUUGGACCGAUUGUUUAUGGUAAAACAAAACUUUCUGUAUACGAACCGAACAACAACGGGUAUUGGCAGUUUUUUUUAAAUUUUUUUUUUUAAAUAUCGUCCGUCGAUUUAUUUUGCUUUUUAACUUAAAUGGACGAUUUUGUUACGUUCCGGGAAAUAAAAAAUAAUUACCUAUACGUCGUUGUGACAGCCCGCACGGCCAUUAUUUCCAAAAAUCAGUUAAAAUUAUAAUAUAUAAUAAUAUUAAAAAAAAAAAAAAAUAAAAUAGUUUUGUUUCAUUAGAAGGUAUAUUCUAAACAAUCUCAAUACUCGUGUGUGUUUGAUUACUUUGAAACUGAAGUUUGUUUAAAUAUUAUUUAAGAAAAUCAUAAUUUAUCUUAAUUUGUAUAAAAGAUUUUAAAUAAUUUUAAAUUCAGAACAUAGCAGAGGGAAUUAAUGUUUAUACUACGUUUUUUUUUUCUGUCUAUAAACAACUUGUCUACCAGAUAUCUUGCUCCGGUGUAUCAAGUGUAGUAUCUUUUCUGAAAGGAAAUUGUGUACAAUUGGCACAUUAGAGUUAAUCGUUGUGUACAGAUAUACAUUAAAUGUCCCCUCUAUACCUUCUAAAAUUAUCAGCUACAACAGUGGCCCACUCAUCGUACGAAUUAUGUCCGUCCUGUUUUUAUUGUAAUUCAGUUAAAAAUAUUCGGAGAGAUGAAUUAGCUUUUUCUAGACAUUGUAAAAUGUUCAAAACAUUUAAGCUAUUCUUGAUUGAUUUAUAGAUAUAUUUAAUUUGCAAAUUUUUAUUCGGUAGGUACUCUGUGGAUAAAACUGUUAGAAUUAACGAAAAAGCUUGAAAAUUUGAUUGGAGGUUCAUUAUAAGUUGUAUUUAGUAGCCAAAUAAAAAUAAAAAUUGAGUGUAAUGUAGUAUUUUUUUUUUGUGAAUUAAAAUUAAAUUUUUGAUAAAAUCUUAAUUAUUAACAUGUAUUCGUAUAAUCGAACUUUGCGUUUUCCGGACAGGGUACACUUUGUUCGAGCACUCUCGAUGUCCGAUCCGAUGUAGGAACAAUUGGAGUGCUAAAAAAAUUAUUCUUACAUUUUCCAAAAUCAUCGGGAUUUCCAACUUUGCUUGUAACAUAUACAUAUAACAUUAAUAUUACAGUGGUAAAAAAAAAAAAAAACAUUAUUUACGGUCAAAUAUGUAUACACAGGUAUAGUAUUUGUUCGUGAUUAUUUUUAAUAUUUUAACGAUUUCGAAUUUCACGGUUAACCGAAUAAAUUUUUUUUUUUUAAUUUCAAUAUUUUUCAAUGUUUUUGCCGUUUUCGACUAAUACCUAUACUACUACGAUACCAAUGUACCAACUUACCCCUAUUGAUUAUUUUUAAGUAGAUAGAUUUGUAAAACAUUUAAAGGUUUUCGUAAAAAUUAUGUUCUCGAAUACAGAUUGCGGAUAGGAAUCCAAUUAUGGGUAUAUAGGUACGCAUUAUUUAUGUAUAGAAUUUGUUUAAUUUUAUUUCGCAUUAGAAUAACUUACACUCACUCUUAAACUAAAAGUAGGCAUGAUUAAACAAUACCGAACAAAACUUGUAUACCAUAUUUAAAUUCGCGGGGAAUUACGUAGGCGUUUUGUAAUUAUAUAUAUAUAUAUAUAUAUAUAUGUGUAUAUAUUAUAUUGUACUACUGGAAUAGGUAUGCGAAUAAUGGAAAAAUAAAUUAGUUUUCGAUUUUAGUUCUUAUAUACGAAAAUGUUAUACGUUUCUUUUCUUGUAUGUAAGUAUAGCAGGUAUCUAUCGAUAACAGUUGCGGAUUGUUUUUUUUUUUUUGGAAGGGGGAGGAAGAACGGUGGCGUGGCAAUGGUUACAUCAACCCCUGGCCUUUUUUAAAUAUAUUUUUAGUUGAAUUAAAUACAAUAUAUAUAUAUAUAUAUAUAUAUAGGUAUAUACAAGGCCAUAAUUGUGGGAGGAUGCAUUCAGAGGUGUACGUUUAAACGUAAGAAAAAAAAAAAUGAGUAGGUAUGUAUAGAAUUAAACAAUUUUUGUACUAGCACAAAAUCUGAUAUUAAUAACGGCCUUUAAACACCUACAAUCGAUUUUCCCUUAAAUGAGCUUUUGAUGCAUUACUGGACGACAACGUCACAUUAAAUUUUCGGUUCUAGGUAUGGAAGAGUUUAAGUAAAUUUUUUUUUUAUAGUGUGUUUUAUAAUUUCGUAUAUAUUAUACUGGAAAUCAAAAUAUCUGAAGUCGUUAUGAUGUACUUUUUGUUUGGAAAAACGGCGUAAGUCAUAUUUAUAUAGCAGUUCAGCCAUUUAGCAAUAUUCAACAUUUAAUUUGCUUGUAUUAAAAACUAUAAACAAAUGAUUUAUUCCUUUCUUCCUUGGAAUCAAAGAUGUAUUAUAAUAAAACGGAACACGUAUUGCAGAUUCAUGAAAAAUUCUUUUGUUUCCGGAGUAGAGGUAGGAAAUUAUUUUAUUUUCUCAGAAAUCCAUUUUUUCAGCAAUAAAAGUUUUUCUAAAAAGAUUUACCUUAUACAUUAUAAAAAAAUGUUUACAACCUUCUUCGAAAGAAAAACCGCCAAAUAAUGGUUACAAAGAUUUGAAAAAGUUACAAGAAAAAUAAAUGCAUUUUUGCAUCCAUGAUAUUAAACUGAGAUACGAGGAUGGGAAACGUUAUUUUCCAUCUAUUUUAUCUCUAAAAUAUCACAUUGAAAGGUAAUAAUAAAAUUUUCUACUAUGUAAGACUACUCUUAAAUUCGUUUGAAAGACAAGUGUGGUUUUAUAUAUUUUCAAUUUCAAUUAAAUUUUGUAUUAGUCUAUUAACAAACCUUAACUUAAAUACUGGACAUGCGAAUUUAUGAUUUCAAUUUUUAAACGGGCUGUUACAUUAAAAUAUUUUUUUAUUUUUGAAAAUAACUCACAUCUUCCAAAGAUUGCCGUGGCUCAACAUAUAUAAUUUUUACGGGAAUAAACUUCAUACAAGUGAAUAUAUAUAGGUACCUAAUAUUAUCAUCAUAUUAUUGUGUUGAUCUUUGUAAUGUUUGUUGAUUUUCAGUAAACACUUAAUAUAUUAAUUUACCGUAGUUGUUAAAAAUAAUACGUUCUUAAUAAAAUAUAAACUAAAACAAAAGGUAAAAGUGUUUAGGUACCUAUACGAGUUGUUAAGUAAACUGUUUGCACCGUUUCCGAGUGUUAUAACUUAUAAAUAAAAAGAUUAUUAAUUAUGAUAUUCGGCAGAAACCCCGUCUUUUAAUCCAAAAACUUUUUAUACGUAAAACUUAUUAUAAGAGUAAAACUUUAAUGUUUUUAACAAUAUAUUCGAUGGGUUAUUUGUAUUAAUAUGUAUAUAAUAAAGUACAAUUAAGUACAAGUAACUAGUAUAUUAUAACUAUCAUGUUAGUGAGCAUUUUUGGAUAUAUUAUAAUUAAUUACUAUGAAAUGAAAUAGAAUUAUAGGUAUCCACAAUAUAUUUAAGGUUCUAUUAAAUUCUAUUUUGUCGUACGAAUCUAUACAAAUUAUAUUACCUUGUUAGUCAAUAUUAUAUGCCUGUAAUCAACAGAAAAUUAAUAGGUGUUUGUGAUCACAAAUGAAAAUUAAUAUCUAAGCCGAAAAAUAAGUCACGAAAUAUUACAAAAUAGAUUUCCCUAGUGGCCGUAGCCGGGAUAUUUCAAUCCCGCGAAUAUAGGGUUAGCCCUAUGUAUAGGGCUAAUCAUAGUAAAUGAAAAUGAUAUCAUGUAAUAACGCUGUAGUCGAAUAUGUCUAAAUCAAGUAUAUAAGGCAUUUUUUUCGAAUUAAUUUUGUAUUGUAAACACAAUAUUAUGCUUGUGUAAUAAACAAAAUUGUUUUUGCCUAUAGUUGAGUUAUAGUAUAGUACUGCAAAUAUUCAAAGGUUAUUAAUUUAUUAAAAAUACGUUUUUACCGUUGAAUGUAGUUUUUAUUAAAACACUAUCAAUUGGGGAGGUUAAAGCUCCUUGACGCUCCCUUAGUUAUCCAGCUGGAUUUACCAAUACAUUUCCAUGACAUUUCAUCGCAUUAUUAAAUAUUUUCAAAAGAACAUAUAGUAAGGAAAACGGGAAUUAAAAACGAUUUUUUUUUUUAGUAUUUCUACAAAUAAUAUUUUAAUGAAUAUGAUUCGUUUAAUACUCGUAUAUUUGCAGCUUUGCUUCAAAUAUCGCGUAAUACUACUGGCUACCGGGUGCAGAUAAUAUACAUUCAUGUGAUUUGUACAAUAAUAUCAAGUUAAAUCGUUUUAAAAUAAACAGCUUAAUUCUGUAAUAUCUACGUGAUUUUUUGCAGUAGGUAUUAUUUCUGUGACUUCAUUAAACAAACACGAGUCGAAAAAUAUUAAAUUUAACGAUCAUUUUUUGCUAGCUCGCAGAAAGACGCUUAAUAUUUAAUACCGACUUUCGCUGGCGUAUUUACAAUUUCGCGCUAAGAAGGGCGUGAUAUUGAAUUUUUAAAAUUGCGUUAAAUUCAAUAGCGUAUACUAUAAUUGUUAUAUUAUAAGUAAGCGAAUAUUAUAUAGUUUUAAUAUAAUAUUAUGUUAUACUACAAUUUUAUUAUGUAUCUUCGGAUUUCCAAAAAAAAAAAAAAAAAUGAUGAAAUUUGGCCAUAACAACGGUAGGGAAAUCUCUAAAGGGCCACAUCUAUGACACUAUAACGCCAUGCACACAGAAUAUUUCAUUUCUCUGGCUACAUUUGCCAGAUCUACGAUCCUGAAUGUAUUUAACUCGUUUUAAAUUUAAAAAUUGAAUUCAUUUUCAGUUACAAAAUAAAAUUAUAAUCGUUACGAAUUUUGUAUAAAUUUAAUAUUCAAACGCUAUUUAUUUAUUCAUAUGGAACAUUAUAUUAUUGAUAAAGGUAAUUUUGAAAUUAUGCUUAGCUUUUAUUUAAUUUUUCCUUAUUUCAAAACAUUGUUACGUGAUCGGAAAAAAAAUAACACUACGUUUCGAAAACGCUAACAUAACUCGUAAGUAUUUGAUCUAAAUCUUAUUGAUUGCAGAAAAAAAAAUACAUACACCCAUUUGUACAAUUGAUUUCUGGGUCAUUAUUUAUUGACAUUUAUUGACAAAAAGAGCACAAAUACGACCGAUACCAUUAGCGCUUAGAAUCGUUUUUCGUUAGUGACGAUUUGUCGUUGUGUACAAAUUAAAUCCCUCCUUUCAAAUUUCCUUCUAAAAUAGUCGCUCGUCAUCGGCGACAGCGUUUUUUAAAAUUCAUUUUUUUUUUUUUUUUGAAUUAUUACGUUUACAGGAACCGCGUGCGCUAUAUUAUAUAUUAUUAUGGAGUAAAUUUUAAUGCGAGCAGGGCUUUUUCGAUCGAUUUUCCGUUUUUCCUUGGAAUACGUUUUGUUUCGCAUUUUUUUUUUUUUUCCGUUUCCGUUUUAUUGGUUUACGGCUCGGUGGCGGAUAUAUAUAUAUAUAUAUACGGGAUUUCAGUUUAGCGAAUUGUUGUGUGACGGCCGACGGGUCAAUCGGUCGGCUGUAUAUAUAUAAUAUUAUAAUAAUAUUAUAUUGCGAUACAUAAUAAGUCUCUCGCUAAGUCCCUAAGUGCUGAAUCGCUGUGCAAUGUGUGUAUGUUUCGCCGACAGUCGAUAAAGCCGAGGCCCGUCCCGCGAUUUCGGCGACAAUCCGGUCCGCUCGUACAUGAUAAACAUAAUAAUAAUAAUAAUAAUAAUAAUAAUAAUAUAUAACAUAAUUCUGGCCAUUGGGGUGUAGAUUAAAAAGGACGCGCGAAUCGUUUUCGUUUUGAAAUUAAUAUAAUAUUGUUCUUUUAGACUGCACAACGAUUAUAAUGUAUAUUGUGUGUAUCGGACGAUAAAAAACCUCGUAAUAAAACACGUAUUGACACUAAAAACGAGUUUUACGCACGUUAUAAACGAACGGCUAGAUAAUAUAAAAAACAAACGAUCUUUCCGUAUAGGCAUUUAUACCGUUUUUGCAUAGACAUAUAGAAGAUAAUAUUGUUUAUAGGCAUUUAUUAAAAAAAAAAAAAAAAAAAAUCCGCGAGUUUAGGUGUUUUUUUUUUUUUUUUAAUAGACACUUAUAAAAUUAUGAAAUUUAAUAAUAAUAAUAAAAAACGUUUCGUCACGGAUAAUGUUUUUUUUUUUUCAAAAUUGUAACUACGUAUAAAUUAUUUCGAUUGUCUAAUAUAAUUCUGUGUGUUUUACAAUUAUUUCAAAUUUCACGAUUACACAAUAAAUACUUGCGAUAGCGAUACGAGACUGUCACUAUUGAAGUUAUUUAACAGUGAAUUGAAUAUUUUUGAGUUUAUGCAUUAUCGAAAAAAUCGUUAAAAUUGUCUUAUGAAACGUAACCCGUUGAUAAUCAAGAUGUGUACCAUAAUCCUCUUAAAAUAACAAAAUAUUUGGUAAAUUGUGUUUUUAAGGCUUCGAGCUGAGUUCUUUUAGUUUUACUAUGAUGUGUGUUUUAGGUGGUUUAGUAUUAUUUGAUUAAUAUCUGUCUAUUAUACAAUCAUUGUUAACGAAAAACGAUUCCGAAUGAUGUUUGAUUAAUUGAUUAUUUUGAAAUGCCGUGUUUAGGCACAUCGUAAAAAAAAAAAAAAAAUAGUAAAAUUCUAUAUCAGUAAUACGUAUAUAGUAUAUAUGAUUAAAAUAAUUGAAUUAUAAAUCCGCAACCGAUAAAUAUUGUUAUAUUAAUAUCUAAUUUUAAAUUCAACAAUACAUAUAGCAUUCAUUUUUUUUUUGUCUUUGAACAACUUAUAUACCAGAAAUUUGACUUCAAUAAAAAAUGAUAUUUUGUUUAUAUGUAGUUUGUAUAUUAAGGUGGCCGUUUUUUUUUGAUUUUCCAAAGAGCUUUUCAUGAUAAUUGGAAAACACAGGAAACAAAACGUUAAAGAAAAACUGACAAAAAAUAUACGGCGUGAACAAUUGUAUUAUUUUAGAUUUUGUUCUACCUUCCCGACUUCCCACCUACAACAAUUGCAAUAUUACACAUCCAAUUCUAGUCGGUAUCAACUUUUUUUGGAUUUUUUUUAUAAAUUGUAAUUUUUGAAACAGAAUUCAAAAAAAUAAUAAUAUUAUCCUACGUACAUUGUACGUUAAAUACAAAUUAACAGUCGUAAUCACAAUUAUGAGACAUUUGGAUGAACGGACUAACCUUUGGGCUUAUAACUUAUGUGGAGCAUAGAAUUUUCGUCUAGAAUUUCACGGUUUCCGAUGAAAUAGUAUUUCGGUAUUAAAAUCGGCGUAAGUAUGUACUGGUUGAUAUUGGAGAACCGUACGAUUAACUAUAGCCAACGUUCUGUAUUAUAUAAUUAUGACGAUACCUGAUAUACACCCUUUUCUAGGAGUCUUUUUGAAGUACACGGUAUUUCUUAUAAUACUGAAAAAUUUCCAAGUGUGUACAAGGGGGAAGGUUAGGGGUUCAAACUAUCCACUCCGAAAUAUCAUAAAAAUUAUAAUGAAAGUAAAUAAUUUUUUUUUUUUUUUUAUUUAUUUUUAAUUUUAUUACUAGAUAGUAGGUAUUUAAAAAGCUAAAAAUGAAUGUUAUAAAAUAUUGACUUUUUCAAUGAAAAAUAGAUAAUCCUACAAUUGAUUGCAUGUAAACUUUUGUUAUGAGAAUAUGAAAGUGUACAACCCUAAACCCCACCCCCCCCUGAAAUAUAUUUUUGUAAACAUACCUGAAUAUUACGCAUCUCAGUUUUAUUACAGUUGAUAAAAAAACGGUAUUUAAAUUCUUUAAUUUUAUCUAGUUAAAUGCUGGUAAUGUUUUAUCGUAUAUUUCGCACUAAUAAUUAAUUUUUUCUUCAUAAGGCAUGCCUUUUGAAAUGUGUUAUUGGCUGAGAUACGUUAUGUUGUUAUAAGAUUUCGACAUAAAUGGAGUUAUAAUUUUUGUGAUUUAACAGUGUAACAAAGAGUCUAAUAAAAACAAAUCGUAGAACAAAAUUUCUUCAUUUCGUUCUGUUGUUGUAAAGGCGAUGACUUAUUAAUAGUAUAUUAGUUAUAUGUCGAUUGUAUUUAAGUAGGCGUUACUAAUAUUAUUAUUAGGGCAGAGAACUUAUAGCAUUUGUAUAUUAAUUUUGCAGUCGUAAAAAAAGGCCAGUUUGAAAGAAAUUUGUUUUAUUUUACAAUAAAGCCAAAUGUAUUAUUUUACAUUGCAUAUUUUUGCAUAUUUAGAUAUUUAGGUUAUUAAGACUUUUUUUAGAUUUAUUUUUAUGUUUUUGUAGGCUUUUUUUUCACAAUUUCUUAAAAUAAAACAAUAGUCAAAACCAGAGUUGGAACGUAUAAUACAGUAAAGACAUGUAUUACACAAUAUACACAUUUUUUUUUUUGGCUGCAACUGAACAGAAAUUAUCAGGUAACAUAAUUGUUAAUUUAAUUUAAUCAUAAUUGUACGCAUCUUGUAUUAAUUACCUAAAUUGUAUAUGAUAAUUUUUUAUAUUAAUUACUAAGCUUAUAUUUAUUCUUUAUUAAUAACUACACCAAUAUUUAAAAUAACAAAAUAUAAAUUCGUUUUGUUUUUUUUUUAUUCUAAAUUUAAGAAAAUUCACCAAAUUGAUGUGAUUUGUUAAUUUGUUACAUUAGUUAAUAAGUUUAAAUACUUAUUAAAAUUUAAAAUUUAAAGUAUUAUCAAUAUUAUAAUAAACUUUAAAAAAAAAUAAUGUCUUAGUCGUUAUAAAGUUGUGUACGUUUUAUACAUGGGGUAUUAUACGUGUAAUGUAUAAAAAUGUACGCUUACAUAUUACCAACCCUAGUUAAAACCAUAUUAUUAAUAUACAAAAAAUGUUAUUUUUUAGUGUCGGAAGGAGAAAUUUAUAAAGUAUUUAAAAAUCAAUCAAAUUCAUCAGUCAAUCAAUGUCUACUUAAUUUAAUCAAUAAAAAAUUAAAAUAAAAGUUUCAAUUAGACAAAAAGUUAUUUUUAUUAAUUUGAUCAUGGUAUGUCAUUAGAUAUAUGUAGGUAAUUGUUAAUCUUAUUUUAGAUGUUUUUUAAUAUAACUAAUAUUUUUUAAUUAGAUCCCUAGAAAAAAAUUGAGUGCAUAUUUUAUGGUUUUUAAGUACAUAAGUGCUUGCAUAUUUCUUGUUUUUUUUUAAAUCUACAUAUCCUCUACCAUAAUCACCACUCUAUUCGAGCAUAGUACAUAAAAAAUAUAUUAGCAAGAAUGGACAUGAUACUUCAAAAUGAAUAUCUACUCGGUACUAGAUAUCCAAAUAUUGAUUCCAGUAUUCGCAGUACACUCUAUACUUUUUAGAACUGCAUCGCGUUACCAGAUAAAAGAUACAAUAUUUCAUCUUAAGACGUUUGGGUCGUAGCACACGAUACACAGCGUAUUAUAAUACAAAAUAUAUUUAAAUUUAUGUUUAUGUAUAUUAGUUUGAUAGAUUCAUUAAAAACAUACUCGUAUAUGUAUAAUAAUAUGGAAGAAUGCGUGUCAUCUUAUCGGCUCGUCGCGCGUCGUCGACAUGCAAAACAGAAUAUUGUCUUUGAAACAAAGACACGGUUAUUCUAAGCACCCGUCCAGUUAUUUUAUCGAAAAUUUGUAUCUAAUUACACUAUUCAAAUUUAUGCCGUUCACGAAUUAUUAAUUAUUUUUCAUAGAUAUAUGUUUUGACUACUGCAAUACCUCUGAUAUGCUCGUAUAUGGUAAUAUAGUCAAAGUAUUAUAGGUAUACUUGUGCAGAAUAGUAUAAUAUGUAAAUAAUAAUAAUAUGCACCUGUCCUUUUGAACAAAAUUAAACCCACCAACCGACAUGAAAUUAAUAAUAAUGUGACGCGAAUAACCAAACUGUAUAAUGUAGUAAAUAGGUACCUAGGUAUAUCUACCAAAUUAUACAAUCUGAUUCGCAAAAAUAAAUGAAAAAGUGUAUCUACCGAUACGUUGUUUUUUAGGAAUUUAAAUAUUUUUUCAAUUCACAAUAGUUGUUUAAUUAUUUUUUUAACGAGUUUUAUAGGAAAAAUUGAACUUUAAACAUUUAUAAAAAAAAUAAAAAAUAAAAAUAAUAAUCGUUGUAUUAAACUGAUGUAGAAAUAGAGGUGAAAACGAUGGAGGUACGAUUAACUUUUUCUAAUUUUCUAUUAUAGGACACACCCGCAUCUACUAUCUCCAUCUUAAAACCGUGAGAUAUAGUAAUUUAUUAUUAUUGUUAAUCCUUGCCUAACUCUGUUGUAAUAUGUUUAAUUAAGAACAAAUUAUGUUUCUAUCGACCGAUUAUUGUCAUCGAAAAUCAAAUAAUUCAUCGUAAAUUGAAUUAGAAUACAUUACGGAGUAUUAAAAAUAACUUGAUAUUAAAUAGUCUGAAUAUCUGAAGUUAUCUCAUAAUCUGCGGAUAAUUUUUCUUGUAUAAAAAAUUUAUAAAAUAAAUAUAAUUGAGUUUGAUGACAAAUAAGGUUUAAAGUAAAAUAAGAUACCACUUUGGUAUAUGAAGAAUUAAAUAUAAUUUAAAUUACUGACGGAAAAAUGCUUGGUCAAAUAAAAUCUGACAUUUACGCUUUUGUUUUUUUUUUCUAGGAGUAUUCAGUAACGUUGAUAAAAUGACGAUGAGCCAAACGACGGUAGUUUUGUGCAUCCUUGGAUCAAUAUUUUUGAUGAUAAUACCGGACAACACGACAGCUUCAGAUAAAUUUUUUCAAACAGGUGGUCGUUUCGGUAAAAGGCACGAUGAUCGUUUAUCAAGUAAAUGGAUUUUUUUUUUUUAUUUAUUGAUUAAAUAGUUGGUAAUUAAAUUAUUGAUAUUUGCGCAAACACAACAGGGGGAAAAAAAUUGACAAAAUCGAUAUACAGAAAAUAAAUGAAAAACAGAAAAUUGAAUACCUUUAAACAUAAUAUACAAGUAUCGUAAUUAAUGAUUAACAAUAAACGUAACUGUUAACAGAAAAAAUAAUUGAAAAUAACGUUAUUCGAAAUAAUAUGCUCUGUGAUGUUUACGUUAAACCGUAUACUUUAUAGAUAUUAACAACUCAAAGUUAGCUAACCUGCCUUAACUACAAAUUAUGUUUUCCAAAAUAUUUAUUGAAAUAAAUAGAAAUAAUUUCUAUACACUAUGAUAAUAAAAUUGUAUCUAUUGUCUCGUGCCCAUACAAUUUGAAUAGGUACAUUAUUUUUUUUAAAUAAAACCUGUUCAACAAAGAAUUUAUAAAAUUGUAAUGCACUUAACAUUACACAUUAAAGUUAUAGAUUCAAAUUAAAACUUUAAAAGUAAUAUAACCCAUACAGUUUUAGUUGUAAUUACAAUUAUGACGUCUUAUCAUAAAUAUUUUUUUAUACUCGUAUACAUUAUUAGUUAUUAUUUACUACACUUUUAAACUAAAUAAGACAAAUUGCAACAGUAAUUAGUAAUUAGUAAUAAUUGUUCGAUGUUUAUGAUAAAAGCACGUUUUAUUUUUUUUUUUCACCAUAGGUUAAAUAAAAAAUGACAAUAAAAUUUAUUUGGAAAAAAAUUAAAUAAUUUAAAAUUUAUUUUAAACGUUAAAUAAUGUAAAAUUAAAAUAACGUUUAAAAACAUAAUAAUUAUAUUAAACAUAAAAAGGUAAAGAGGUUGAGAUUAGUAGAUACCUACAUAGUAAAUAAAGAAUAUAUUUAUAAUUAUUACCAAUAGUUAUUUAUUUGAUUUCAAUGAUAAUUUAAGGGCAGAUAAAUUAUCUACAAAAGUUUAAUAUAAAUUAUUAAAUAUUGAUCUAUUCUUAGACUCUGAACGGAGCGAGGAAUAUAUUGAUAUUUUUUUUUCUGUGAACAACUUUUCUACCAGCAAUUUCGCUUCAAUGUACUAUGAUAGCACUUUUUUUGAAAGUAAAUAUGACUGGGGUAACCCCUUUAAAGAGAUAAUUUUUUUUAUUUUCCAAAUAAAUGGGAAAACCGAGAAAAACAUGGGAAAACUGCGAGAAAUGUAGAACAAACCGGAAAAUUAUUAAACAAAUAUGUUUAAAGAAAAUAUAUAAUGCAUAAUAUGUAAUUAUUUUACAAUAUUAUGACAUGUAAAUUGUUGACAAAGCAACCGAACCCCGCUCAUUUUUUCGUUAGCAAUGGCUAAUCGUUGCUUACAGAUAUAUAUUAAAUUACCUAUUACAGUAGCUGCACUUGUCCCCAUUAUCCUAGGACAGCUUUUUUAGUCUGUGUACACGCGUUUACAAUGUGGCAUAAUUUCCAAAUUUGAUACUUAUCUCCUUGACAAAAUCAUAAGUAUUCCACUGACACCUUGCAAAAUUCCUAUGGUGGAGGGGGGGACACAGCGGUGGAAAAUGGACGUUUUCCAUUACGAUGACGUAGACAUUUAUUUAUUGACAACGAGCUUAGCUAUUCAUCGGUAAUCCCUACAUCGAAUCGUUUGCGCCGUAAUUCUAGUUCCGCAAAACAGCCGAAUAACAAAGCUAUGUAUGACACUAAUCAAAUUUUAAAGACGAGCGAUGAUAACGAUUCCAUCGCUGGUCUUUGUAUAAUAAUAUAAUUGACUAAAUAAUACUUCGGAUUUUGAUAGCAUUAACAAAUCUGACGCGGCGAAUUGAAAACGAAUCCGAUGUACACAAAUUUACAUUUUUUAGUGGAUUGACUUUUAAGAAAUUUCGGCAAUAAUAAUUUGGUUCGUUAUCGUAGGGAAUUUUUUAAAGAGAUUUUUCGUGUCCAAACGAACACAUGGUAAAGUUUACGUGGCAUCUAGUGAGAUUUUCUAUUUCUAUUUCUAUUUUUCACUAAAAAAUAAAUGUUAAAUCAUUGAAUUAGAUGGAAGUAGAUACUGUAACAAAUUAUUAUACUGGAAGGCAGGGGUAACAGAGGAAGAUUCAACAGUUGAGAUGAAAGUUUGGUCUACCAGCUAGUGGAGAUUUUUUUAAGGGAACAGGGAGCGGAUCAUUAAAAUUAAUCCACGUUAUUGCAUGGCUAAAAUCGUUGUAACGCUGAUUAAUUAUUCAGUUUUAUGAGGAUUUCCUGACUCGGGCGGACGAUACAAUAUUAUAUUAUUAAGGCUCCUUUUGCUCUUCAGUCGAGUGGACGGAAACUGAUUGGUUCACUCGGAUGGUUAACCGAUGUUUAAUAUAUUAUUGAGGAUAUAGGUAGUGCGUCAUCGUUUCCUUAGCUAUAAUAUAAAAAUGUUUACAUGAAUAAUAAACGCGUCUUAUAUAUUGCAAUAAUACCGGAUAAACGGGUCAAAAUAAAAAAAAAAUACCAUGCAGUUCGCGUAUUUUGUAUCUGAAUAAAAAUAAUUUUCAGUUUUGUUUUCCGUCGUUUCUAUCAGGUUCGGGGGGGGGGGGGAAGGACUUGUCACAGUGUCAGUAGUUAAAUUAUUAUAUUAUUUUGCGUUGACCGUCGAAAUUCCGGUUUUCUAACCGAAAUAUCAAUUUGACCUUAUUAUAAAAUAAGUAAUACGUGUACACUAUACCUACUAUAAAACAGUAUAAUGAUAAUUUUUUUUUUGAAACGUUUUUUUUUUGUCGAAUUUUUCUCGCAAAUUUAUACUAUACUAUUAUGAUAUAUAAUAUUAUACUGUAUUUUGUCUCUUUUUAUAUGUAUAACAUAAAUAUCUAUUUCCCCCUAUUUUUGGACACUUCUAGCAGCUCCAUAUAGACCAAUUGAACUCAAACUCGGGAAUUAGAGUUGUUUUAUUGAAGUGAUAAAAGUCGUGUUAAAUUUUCAUAUGAUUUUCAUCAUGUUGUUGCGGGAGUCGGGUGUUUUUUUGGGAGUUUGAAUUUCGCACCAAAAUGAGUACCUAUCUACAUAUCUGAUUGUCAAGUGCCUGUUUGAUUGAACCACAGUGGUAUAAAAGAUAAUUUUAGCAGGCCAAUAACUACUAUUUUUAAAAAUCCUAAAAUUAUUGUUUUCCUUAUGAUAAGUUUAUACUGACAACAUUCUGUUUUUAAAGAAUGAAUUUAUAUACACUUGUUUUAUAGAGCUGAUUUUAUAAAACAUAAUUAUUGCAUUAUUAGAAAGAUAAUCGAUUAGAAUUUUGAUGCAAAUUACAAUUCCUUUUUUUUUACUACCUGAGAUGUUGUAAAUUACGAGUACAUAUCUUUAUUUUGGUGCAAAUUACAAGUGUAGUUAACCUUCUACCGGCCGCGUGGUUUAUUUUUCAUAUUUGGUCGCGUGGGGUAAAAAUUAUUCAAAACUUAUUUUUUUUUUAUAGUUACCUAUUAUAUUAUCUUUAGUACAUUUAGCUAUUUUUAAUACAAAAUUGUGAUUUUUAGAUUUUUUUAAAUUAUUUUGUUUAUUUUAGAUACAUAUUAUAUAAAUACAGGUAUUAUAAUUAUACAGAAAAAAAAUUGUUUUUUUUUCUGAAUUUUUUAUUUACCACUUGCGACUGAUAGAAGGUUAAAAAAUGUUGGUGCAAAUUACACAUGUUGUAUAUAUUUAUGAUCAAUUUUGGUGUAAAUUGACUAUAUCCUUUUUUUUAGUUAUGAAGUACUUUACAGAACUCCUCCUCCCUCAAUGAGGCCAGGUGUAUGUAAUUCUGUAUACACCCUGAACAUUUUUAUGCAUAAACUUACCAUUUUUUUUAUUAAGUACAAUUUAGUAUUAUUGUAUUAUUAUUUAUUGUGUUACACAAUGAAUAUUUCCAUUAUACGUAAACAAAUUAUUAAGCGGGGAGAAAUUCGACUCUAGUGACAAAGCACUGCUGCUAACGGGUAUUUGGUUUUUUGAGUUUUUACAUUGAUUUGUUAAUAAGUAAAUUAUAAAACAAAUAUUAUUUACAGCAUGCCCAAUAAUUUAUGAUAAUAUUUAAUUUUGUUAUACUGUGUAGGUACCUAAUAAUUAAUAAUGAACUAACGAAUCUCAAUCUUAAAAUUGUUUGUUUUUUUUUUUGUUUUUUUCAAGAUUUUUAUUUUUCCGAUCUGUUGAAAAGCCGACCGAUAGGCAAUGUACCGCCUAGAAUAGAAAGAGGUUUUUACAUAUCGAGAUACGGCAAACGGAACACCAAUUCACUUACAGGUAAGCAUAAUAUUUUGUACACAUUAAGGCCCGGAUUUUAAUCCCGUAACAACUGUUAAAAACCACAUCUUCAUUAUUAUAUUGCAUAAAAAGAAUCAAGAAAUAAGACCAUAUCUAGAAGGUGGUUUUAAGUUUCAAGUCCCCCGAAAAUUUUUUAAAAAACUUUGUUUAUUAUUUUUAAGAUAAUCGCUAAUAUUAGGUUUGUAACAAAAACAACUGAUAAUUAUAUAUAAUACCUAUUCCGAAAUAAUGGAAAUAAUUGCCUUGCACGAAAUAAUGGAAAAUAGCGACAAAUUCAAAAUGUUCAAUUUCAAAGUAUCCACUAUAGUUAUUACAUAGGUAUUUUUGUAAUUUAAAUGACUAUAUAAUUUAUUAUGUUUUUGUCCUAUAUCGUCGAAAAAAUAAAUAAAUCGUUGACAUUAUCUCAAGAUUUUCUUUGUACUGACUACCUCGAUUUCCACCAAAAACUCGCACCUUUAUGUAAACAUAUACCUAUGCACAAAAAUCUAUUAAUAAUCUAUGCUAAUAUUAUAAAUUAUUAGGCUUAAUAUUAUCACGUUUGUUGGCAUAGCUAUCGAUAUAAUAAUUUAUUAAUCAAACACAUAUCGAGUGUGUUAAAAUAAUAUUAUUAUUAUUAAUUAAGCUAGUAGGCUUUUGUCAUAUGUAUUUGUAAAUAAUACUAUUAUAUUUAAACUUUUUUAUUAUAUAUUAAUCAUAUUAACUUCGAUUGUUUUUGAUACAACACGGAGUUUAUAUAAGCUGUUAACAAAGUUUCAGAAAAUUAAAAACGAAAUAGAAAAUAAUAUUGAACAUCUCUUACAAAGGAAGGACCAUAAAGAAGUUUAAGCAUUAGAAAGAUAAAAAGUAUAAGAAAUUUAGAAAAAAAACUUGUACUUCGAAUUAAUAGCAUGAUAUAUUCGUAUUUCUACGAAAAAUUUCGUUUAUCUUAACAUUCAACUUUUUAAUAAUUUUAUAAAAUAUCAAAAUAAUAUAUUUUUUAAACAAUUUUAUAAAUAUAAUGAAGAUAAAGACCGAAAAAGAGGUGAUUUGAUGCGAUUGAGAAUGAUUUGAGGACAGCCGGUGUAUACGAGGUGGGAGAACAGAUCAAGUGGAAAUUCAGAACAAGGGUUGUCUAUUAAAAAUAGUUGGGAUAUAGGCAAAGGAGUUAAAGAAGAAAAACGGUCUGCGUUGUCUGGAGAAGGUUUAUAGCUAUUGAAAUACACUCCCUAUUUAAAACAACACCAAUAAAUUCGGUUUCUAAGAAUUUUCGGUACAAGAAUCAAAUUAUUUUUAUUGAUUUAUGGGUUACCCAGGAUACACUUUUAGUUUACCGUGACCGGACUACCCAUUCCCAACUAUUUUUUUCAUUCAAUAGAAUUCUUUGGGAAUUUCAGGUGGUCUCAGCUAAUAUGUAUAUUUAGUUUUUUUAUUCAUCUUAACUUUUAAACUGAAGAGUUAUUGAGUUAAAUUCAUAUUUUGUGAACUUUUAACCGAAAGCUAUGGUGUUUGUGUUUACUUAAUUUAUACGAGUUGAUUAUUUGUAUUAUUGCCCUGACACCUUAGAAUAUACCCGUUUAAAUUUCUCUUUUAUCUAAACACACCGACUAUCACACGCUUAAAAACAGACGUUGCCGUUAAAUAAACAGUCUAUCCAAAGUGCCGUUCCAAAAAACAUCGUUAAAUAUUAUUCGUUAAUAUUAUGUUAUAACUUACGAAAAUCUGUUUUAAUAAGGAAAAAAAACAAAAACUUUCUCUUGGCUUUCCAAAAGUCUUAGCCGCCUCCAACACUGUAUGUUAUUUUCCUUUAUAACCUGUUUAUGGUUUCCUUUGAGUCUCCUAAACUUAGCAUUCUUAAAUCUUGAACCCAUUACUUCUUUGACCUUCUUCCGGCUGGCCGAUAUUCCAUAGCUGAUUUCACGAUCGUUGCUUCAUUACUUCGCAUCUCGUGUCUGAAACAUAUUGUUACCGAUGUUCCAUUCUAUAAUUCGAAUUUUUUGGAAUUUUUUCGAUUUUGAAAAUUUCAGUUACCGUUUAUUCUUCCAGUAUUAUCUUUCAUUAUCAUUUAUCUCUCUACAUAUUUUCCUAAAUAUUUUAUUUUAAAAAGACAGUAACUUAUUAUCCAUGUCAUAUAGAACCCGUACGUUAAUGUUGGUUCACUAUGGUCAUAUUAUAACCAUAACUUUGUUCUGUGGAUUAUUGUGCUCUAGUAUGGGGGAGAAGUAUACGCACAGAGAAGGGUGAUACUCAACUGAAUAGUACUAUGAGAAUUAUUACUGGCCGUGUCCAGUAAUUUCCAGUCCUUUCGAGUUUCCUUCCGGCAAUUCGAAGAAAUCUCGCAACUAUAACAUUUUUACAGAAAACCAAUAGUUCAACGGUUUCCCAGUAUUAUAAACAAUGAACUUUAAAAGAGAUUAAAAUCGAGACACCGGAUUUGGUCUAUAGAAUAUAAUAUUAGCAUUGACAAAGUGGAGGAUUGUGGAAAAUUGUUUGGAAAGGAGGUAGUGUAAAAAAUAGAUACCUCAUAAGCGAUCCUAUUUAAAAAGUUUCACGCUUUGAUUGCCCGAGAGUAAUGUGGAUCACGAUAAAUAGAAGACGUAUGGAAUGGGGUAAAAUCAACUACCUUAUACAUAAAUGGAAAAUAAAACUCACCAUAUUGUGACUGCAGACAAUUACAAACACAUUGUAGAGGAGUAUCCACUAACAAGGUAUAAUGGAGGUACAAUUGGUUUUUAAAAGGGUGAUGAAGAGGCAAUAUAUUGGCUGAUUAAGAUUGAUAUAAUUUUUAAAUAUAUUUUCCUAUGUUAUUAUUAUAAUUUUUUUAAAUUUAAAGUUAAACGGUUUUUCUUUUCAUCGUUAUUUAAGCCAUAUGAAAUUAAAACAAAAACAAAUCUUUGUUCUUCUUAAAAAUUUCCGAUUCGUGUACACGGAUAAAUAUUUUAAUGAUUCACCACUCCAGUUUUUUCUAGUAAAUAAAUAAAAGCCCGUGAGUAUCAGCAGAGCUCCGUGACUAUAGUCAAAUUUCCCCUCAGUUAACGUUUUCCCGGUUUCUUUUUCUAUUUUUUUCAUUUUUUUUAAAUUCGAGUAUAUUUUUAUUUAUUUAUAUUUUGUAUUUACUAGACAUAUAUUAACCUCCUACCACCAAUUACCCUCUACAUAUUACCUUCUAUACCACGGUCUAAUACCCCUCUUCCCUCUUAGUUAUUAAAAGUAUUCUACAUUUCCUGUUGGUUAACAAUCAGCAAUAGAACGAAAACAUUUUUUUAGUAAAAUACAGAUAGAGUAGUUGUCAAGAUUGUUGCUAACAUAUAGACAGCGAGAGCGAUAAUUUAAAAUUGUAACCUUCUAAAGCAGCGGUUCUCAAUGAGUUUUUGGAAAGAGCCAAAUAUUAAUAUUGCAAUUUGCUUUCAGGCUUCAUUUUGAAUUUUCGCAAUAAUGACCAAUAAAGGUCUUCGUCGUACGAAUUUCUGUUUAGUGCCGUAUAAUACCCCUAAAAGUAAUGACCUGUAAUUCGUAAGUUUAGUUUUAUCGUGGGUUGCACAAGAUUGUUUAGCAUGUUUCAUGAAUGUAAAAAGGUCUGGCAGGAGUUGAAAGUUGAAAAUCCCUAAAGGCAUUUAUUUAAUACUAUUGCCAGGCAUAAUCGAAUUCCAUUCUUUUUACUUCAUUUACUUCAUGGGCGUCUGUAGGGGUGUAAAAGUUAAAUUAACACCUUCCACAAUAUAUAACAUCAUUAAAUUCAUAUUUAAAUUCAACCUAACUUGUAUCACUGAAAUCCGCCUAUAAAACAUCUCUAAUUCUUUAGCUUGAACUCAAUUGAUUUAGAGAGAGCUGCUAGAAAUAUCCAAAAGUAGCACGAAAAAAAAUACAUAAUAUACAUACACGAGUACAAUACACUACUUGCAAUAGUCUCCGUUUUUGGGGAAAAUUUUACAAUUUAAAAUAAUAUGCAAAUAUUAAAUAAUAAUCAUUGAUAAUAUUAAUAUUUGUUUUAAAUUUUCUUUUAGACUCCAGAGACUACUUUACUAUUUGUCUGCCUUUCUACGGAAUUUAUUGCGAAUUUACCGGUCUGCCCAACAUACUCCGUUGCAAGAGGUAAUAUUAUCGUAGACGAGUAGACGAGUACAAUACUAUUUUAAAAUGUAUCAAUUUUUAUCUAAGGAUCAGUCCAAUGGAAUGCUCGAAUCUGCAAAAUCAUGACAAUGACGAGAAACUUCAGUUGAUGAAGCAGCCCGAAAACGCCGACCCGAUAGUCAACACCAAUAAUAAUGAUAAUUUCUAGACAAUAUUAUCUUUUUCAACAUAGAUUCAAAAUAUCUAACAAUAUAUACUUACGUCAUUUAAUAAUAUUAUUUAUUAUUCGUUUGAUAUUAAUCGUUUGAAUAUUAUAAUAAUAAUUAGCGUAUUAAGCGAAUAUUUGUUACAAGUUAUUUUACUUUGUGAGCCGAUGACGUAAAACAUUAUAUUUUGUCUUCACUUAGAAUAUAUAGUAAAGUUCAUCGCGUGUUAUAUUUAUUGUGGUUAUAUAUUAUAAUACUUACGGUGAACCCUUUUAAAUGCGGUUGAAAAAUAACAACACAAAACAAAGUAGUCGC